CCGACGGACGGCGUUGACCGUAAAUUUUAUCCGCUUACCUACAGCAUGAAAGUGUGCCGUGUGUGUUUGUCGCCGGAUAACCAGUUGUACCAUUCGCUGUUUGCCGUACGAGAAGAGAGAACCAUUGCCGAAAGCAUUAUGUUUUGCACUGGCUUGCAGUUCGAACAAAACGAUGGUCUAUCUCAGUUCGUGUGUUCCUUUUGUACGGAGGAAUUCCUCAAGUUCUUUAAUCUACGAAAGCAGUGCUUGGAAGCUGACGCUUUUUUGCGAAAAACUCUUAGCUCAAAACAGAGUUCAGAAGAAUCUUACCCAAAUGUAGAUGAAACUAAAACAACCAAGCAAGAACCAGAUUUAAAUGAAGAAGUAAAAAUCAUUUUCCACGAUACAUCUGAAAUGCCUUCGGAGAUUUCGGUCGGCCCCGCUUGGACCAACGAAUGGUCAAUCGAAGAAGUUCAAGAAGAAUAUGAAAACCUGGAAACGCUAAAUAGUCCAGACAACGUCAACCCAUCGGAAAGAAGCAGCUCGGAGUUCGAACCGGAACCCAAACCCGUCCUACGUUCCCCACGUAAACGUAAGCCUCCCGUCAAAACCACCCGCAAACGAAAAAAAUCAAGCGCCGCCGACCGCCCUGCUGCGAAGCUCAUUUGCUGUGGCUGUCCGGCGGAAAGCUUCGACAGCCAACAGGCCCUGGACGGUCAUCGAACGGAUCAGCACGAAAAGUACCGCAUCACCGACAACGUGAUCCGGCCGUACGAAUGCGACGUAUGCUUCCAGCGUUUUCUCACCCAAAAGCAUCUCGACCAGCACAAGGCCCGACCGUACAAGAAGCGCGAAUAUGUUUGCACCUCCUGUGGGAAUGCUUUCUUCGCCAGUAGCACGUUGAAAAAGCACGAAGAAAUUUGCGCCGCAAACGAGCGCAACUACGGCUGCGACGAAUGUGGAAAACGUUUCACCCAAAUCGGUUCCUUGCGGAACCACCUAAAACUACACAACUCGGAGAAAACUCACUCCUGCCCAAUUUGUGGCAAAACCUUCCUGAAAAAGUUCGAAGUGCCAAUCCACAUGGUGACCCAUACGGAGGAACAACCGUUCCCCUGUGAUCAGUGUCCGGCGCGGUUCAAGCGAAAGCAGGCUUUGCGCAACCACCAGCGGCACCACAGCAAUCCGACGCCGUACAAGUGUGACCUGUGCGACGAGUGGUUUAAUAAUUUUAGUGCACGAAAGUUUCACCGCCAGAAGGUGCAUGAAGGGAUCGAACCGUUCAAGUGUGAUCAGUGUGGGGCGAGCUAUGGUCGCAAGAAUCGGCUCGAUCAGCACGUGCGGCGAGUGCACGCCGACGGCGUGAAAGUUGUGAACGAAACCGAAAUAGUCUGA